AUGGAGAAUAAAACAAACGGGAAGAUGGGCAUCAACAGUACUUCGGCCGCUGAUUCCACCGAAACAAGCCUAAGUGAUGUGACUGAAGCUGGAUACAGUAGGUCGAAUACAAAAUUGCCGGCCGAUUCACGGUCUCUAAAUUGCAUGUCCUCUGUGCGUAAUUUUGGAAACGUUAACACACUGAUCCAAGGUCUUAAUUCAAGCCCUGACUGCGCAGUUUUUAAAGACUGUAACAUAGUCGAUCCUUCACUUGGAGCAAAACAUUUUUAUGACCGUAACAGAGACUAUCUUAAAUGUGACGGUGUUCCGUGGGAGGAUUUUGUUAAACUUCAGAGGACAAACGCGGCCACAUCCGAAAGUUUACCAGGCGCAAGUCUCCCCUCCACCUCCGGGGCUUGCAAGUUCAUCAAAGAUGAAAAAGAGCCUUCUGUGAUUAUGGACAUCCCCUGUCACAACUUUGAUCCAUCACCCGAGAUUUCUGCUCUCGAUACCUGUUCUGACACCGACAGGAAGCAGCACUUAGGGCUUAGCGAAGGUGAAUCGACAAGUUUCGCAUCAGCCGCUGCAGUUUCCCGACCGGGGCUGGAGGUCUCUCCAAACUUUCUUAUGGACUUGAACCAGUCAGACCAGUUUGUGAACCCAGUAAGGGCUGACUCCAGAUGUGGUUUGUCCGGGAAAGCUGCCAUUAGCUUCGAUCCCAACGCACAAACUGCUGGGCAACUGUCGAUAUAUAAGACUGAUGUUCCUCGUUGGCAGAUGCAAGCAUCUCCAGGUGAGACCCAGUAUUGGGGACAGUCGGCGGGGGUAAACGAGGACCCGUUCAGAGCUAGUGGCUACAGUGGGAUGCAGAACCAGACCCAGACUCUUCCUCAGAGGAACCAACCUCCUUUCUCCACAUUCCCCGGUAUGCCACCCCAGAGACUGUGUGUGAUCUGUAGUGAUGAGGCAUCUGGCUGCCACUAUGGAGUCUUAACGUGUGGGAGCUGUAAAGUAUUUUUUAAAAGAGCGGUUGAAGGCCAUCACAGCUAUCUCUGUGCUGGGCGGAAUGACUGCAUUGUGGACAAAAUUCGGAGAAAAAAUUGCCCUGCGUGUCGCCUUCGAAAGUGCUAUCAAGCAGGAAUGAUGCUUGGAGGGAGGAAACUGAAGCGCUUUGGGGCCUUGAAAGACACAGGUUUGACCCCAUCCCUGAUGUUCCGGUCCCACUUGACCAUGCCCGGUGACAGCCAGGCCUUGACUCCCAUGUCUUACAUACCAGGCAUUCAUGACCUACAACUCUCCCAACAAAUGAUCAACAUCCUUGAAAACAUCGAACCAGAGGUGGUGUACUCUGGUUAUGACAACUCCCAGUCUGAUAUUCCCCAUCUUCUGCUCACCAGUCUCAACAGGCUGUGUGAGAAACAGCUGAUGUGGAUUGUGAAGUGGUCGAAAUCUCUCCCAGGUUUUCGUAAUCUACACAUCAAUGAUCAGAUGACACUCAUCCAGUACUCGUGGAUGAACAUGAUGGUGUUCUCUCUUGGGUGGCGCUCCUUUCAGAAUGUCACCAGUGAAUAUUUAUACUUUGCACCUGAUCUGGUUCUUAGCCAGGAGCAAAUGAGGAGAUCUCCAAUUUACGACCUCUGUCUAGCGAUACAGUUUAUUCCUCAGGAGUUUGCAAAUCUCCAAGUUACACGCGAAGAGUUUCUUUGCAUGAAAGCCAUAAUAUUGCUCAACACAGUGCCUCUUGAAGGAUUAAAAAGUCAGGCAGCAUUUGAUGAAAUGAGACAAAAAUACGUCCGGGAGCUGACCAAAGCUAUUCACAUGAAGGAGAAGGGCAUCGUGGCAUGUUCCCAGCGAUUCUACCACCUCACCAAACUCAUGGAUGCCAUUCAUGAUAUAGUAAAGAAGGUCAACCUAUUCUGUUUGAGUACCUUCAUCCAGGCAGAUUCCAUGAAAGUGGAGUUUCCAGAGAUGAUGUCAGAGGUCAUUUCCUCCCAGCUUCCCAAGGUCCUUGCAGGCAUGGUGAGGCCACUCUUAUUCCACAGCAAAUGA